AUGGCCCCAGCGGAAGUUAAAAGGGAAGGUGGUGAUUAUGACAUUCCAAAUGAAGCAGAUGACAUUCGUUUGAUGAAUGAAAGUCGGGCGGAACCUUAUCAUGGUUGCGAAGUUGGUCCAAGCAAUGAAAAAACAACCAGCAUGAACGUUGAAGAUGGCGGAGCUGAUGUGAAAAAAGAAAUGGUUGACGAUGCUCAUUGCAAUGACAUGGUUGGUGAUGUUGAACGUGCUAUUCUGGAACAAAAAUUUGAUUCGGUCGAAGAUGGAGAAGCUUUCUACAAUGCGGAAGGUCAGAGAUUACCAAAAUACUUGGACUGUGUUGCUGAGAAGAGUAGAGCUCCCAAGGCACUAACAAGAGUAGGUUGCAAAGCCCAAUUUCGCAUACGGUACGAUGCAGAUGCUGGUGAAGGGGGAAAGUAUGUUGUGACUCACUUCGUCGCAGACCACAACCAUGAAUUGGUGGAACAACACUGUGUGAUGUAUCUGAGGUCACAUCGCAGUUUAAAUAGUGCUGACAAAGCUCAAGCAAUGGCUAUGCGCAACGUCGGUGUGAAGACUAGCCGAAUCAUGGACUAUAUAGUAAAUCAAUCCAGGUCUUAUGAGAAUGUUGGUUUCAUCCGUACGGAUCUGCACAACCAUAUUCAAGCCAAAUGUAGAGCAGAAGUUAAGGAUGGUGAUGCGCAGGGUGCGUUGGUUUACCUAUGUGCAAAACUUGAUGUUGAUGCACUAUUUUUUUACAAAACCAAUGCAUACAAGAAACCCUUUGUCAUGUUGGUUGGUGUGACUAGCCACUUUAGGACCACGAUAUUUGCAUGUGUUUUGCUAGCUAAUGAGACAAUUGAUACAUACACAUGGGUUUUGGAAACAUUUAUGGAGGAGAUGGGCAAUAAAGCACCUGUGUCCAUACUGACAGAUGGGGAUAAGGCGAUAUUUGACUCAACUUACAGAACCAAUGCAUACAAGAAACCCUUUGUCAUGUUGGUUGGUGUGACUAGCCACUUUAGGACCACGAUAUUUGCAUGUGUUUUGCUAGCUAAUGAAACAAUUGAUACAUACACAUGGGUUUUGGAAACAUUUAUGGAUGAGAUAGGCAAUAAAGCACUUGUGUCUGUACUGACAGAUGGGGAUAAGGCGAUGCGAGAGGCAAUCAAAAGAGUAUUUCCAGAUGCAAGACAUUGA